AUGGCUGAUGCGUUCGACACAUUCGACGCCAGUUCUCAUUCUACAGGGAAGCAGGUCGAUUCUAACAAUGCCACCGAUGACACGUUGCCAUGGGUUGAGAAAUACAGACCAGUGACACUGGAUGACCUCGUUUCACACAAGGAUAUCACUUCAACUAUUGAACGAUUCAUUGAUGAAAAUAGGUUACCACAUAUGCUUUUUUAUGGACCUCCAGGAACUGGAAAGACCUCCACAAUUCUCGCAUGCGCUCGGAAACUUUACGGACCCAUGUGGAAAAGCAUGACUAUGGAGCUCAAUGCAUCAGAUGAUCGUGGAAUUGAGGUGGUACGCGAGCAGAUCAAAAAUUUUGCGAGUACAAAAAAAAUCUUCAGUUCAGGAUUCAAAUUGAUCAUUUUGGAUGAGGCCGAUAUGAUGACUCAGACAGCUCAGAACGCUCUUCGUCGAGUUGUUGAAAAGUACACCCGUAAUGUCCGGUUCUGCAUCAUUUGUAAUUAUGUAAGCAAAAUUAUUCCCGCACUGCAAUCCAGAUGCACUAGAUUCAGAUUUGGUCCCUUGGAGUUGAGCCAAGUUGAUUCAAGACUGGAUUUCAUUAUUCAAAGCGAAGGUGUAAAAAUUACAUCCGAAGGUCGAAAGGCGCUUUUGCAAUUAUCAAAGGGAGAUAUGAGACGUGCACUCAAUAUUUUGCAGGCAUGUCAUGCUGGUUAUGAAGUCGUCAAUGAGGAUGCGAUUUAUAAUUGUACUGGAAACCCUCAUCCAACAGAUAUUGAGGCGAUCGUCAACAGCAUGUUAACAGAGGAUUUCACCACCGCCAAUUCAAAUAUUUCAUACUUAAAGAUGGUCAAAGGAAUGGCACUACAGGAUAUCUUGACAGAAGUUUACAAUUAUCUUGAAUUGAUCGACAUGCCUGUCAAUUCACGCGUGUAUCUCUUGGAUAAGAUGGCCGAUGUGGAAUACAAGCUUUCUACAGGUGCAAACGAAAGAUUGCAGCUUUCGUCGUUAAUUGGGUCAUUUAAAAUUGGAGCUGAGCUCAUGCAGAAAUAA